UUGGCUUCUCGCGCAUUCCGUUCGCAGAGAUCCCCCGCACUCAUCUACCCUUGUAGCCUUCGCUGCGUUUCCAUCGCGUUUUGGCGCCUUCCGCCGCCACUGAAGGAAUCGGUCCUCAGGCAGCGGCGUGUUGGCACCUGGAGCGUCCUGCUUUGUCCAUCGUGAGUGGAUCAGGAAGCCAACCGAUGAGUGAAGAAGCAGUCACGCACAAGAAGAAGGCCAAACCACAACGGCUGACGGACUCUGCUGAACCACCGACCAAGAAGCAGAAGAGGACGCCGCCUCCCGAAGCUCAUGACAACGAGCCAGCACCAGCCAAGCGGAAGAAGCUUUCACUGGCGGCGAGAGAUGGCCAUGCACCAGCUGGGAGGGCAGCACCGGUCGGGGUGCCUUUAAGGAAGAGGCGUAGAGCUGCUGGCGCUGAUGGUGGAGGUGGUGAUCUCCCCCGCCCUCGUCCGCGUGUGGGUGUGUGGGGCGUCGACGAGAUCGAGGACCGCAUGGCCGCCAUUCGCAAGCAGCUGGAGAAGGCAGAGGACAUGACCAAGAGCAAGCGAACGAGGCUCUACCACAGGUGCACCGAUCAAUCACACCAACAGCUGAACCCACACACAUGCUGUGUGCGUCGGUCAGGCUGGGCAAACUGAAGACAGCCAAAGGGGGGCAUGGUGUUGUCGGCGGCGAUGUGGCCUCGCCUGACCCCGAGAAGAGGGCAGCGAAGCUCCUAUUCCGGAAGACGAAGCGGCUGGAGAGAAGGAAGACUCUCGAGGUCAGCAAAGGGGCGGGUGGGGCGAAGGGGAGGGGGAGGGCGGUGGGCAAGGCGGACAACAGUAGGGGAGCCAUCGGCAAAAGCGGCGAGAAGGUCUGCUUCAGAUGUAAGUGUCGUGUAUCCAUCCAGCGGGCGUGUAUCCCACCUUGUAUGUAUGCGCAUGUGUUUGUGUGUCUUCAGGUCGGCAGAGCGGCCAUCGGCUGCAGGACUGCCCUCUGUUAAAGGCUGGCGAGGCCUCGACUGACGCUAAGAAGGCCACCCCAUCGUCAUGGUCAUCUGGUGGGUCAUUAAAGGGAUCGAUGUGCUUCAACUGCGGGGCGACAGACCACACACUCAAGGCGUGCACAGAACCAAGACCCACGGUAACACACACACACACACACACACACACACGGGUGCAUCUGCCUGUCUUGGUACGAACACCAUGCCGGUUGGUGUGUGUUUCUCCACUCAGGAUGGUUCCCUGCCGUAUGCCGAGUGCUUCAUCUGCGGCAGCAAAGGACACCUCGCGUCGUCUUGCUCGCAGAACCUCAUGGGUAGGUAGGAGGGCGGGCGGGGGACGACACACACACACACACACACACGCACACCCGUGGCUGCCCGUGUGUGCCAUUCAGGCGUCUACCCGAGGGGCGGCGGGUGCCAUCUGUGCGGCUCCAUCUAUCACCUGCAGAAGGACUGUCCGCAGAAGGCAGCCACAGCGGGCAACAGACGGAGGGCGGCAAAGGGCGGUUUCUAGUGCCCAAGCGGGAGUGGGUGAUGGAUCGGGUCCAUCG